GGAUUUGAUGGUCUGAUCUGGUCUGACUGCAGAAAUUUUUUCUCGAAGAGGAGGACAGUGACGACAGUUGCAGGAGGAGGAGGUGUGGAAGGAGGAGGACGAGCAGCAGCAGGAAGUAGACUUAAAAAACAAAAAAGAAAAAGCAGGUGCUUCCGAGAUGGCUGCGACUGGAGGAUUCUCUCUGCCAGUGACGCGUUCUGUGGCGCCUCCGUUUUCAAUUGCCGAGUUUGAUCUGUUCUUGAUGGGUUUGGACGGUGUGCUUAUCAACACCGAUGUAUUGACGUACAAAGCGUGGGGGAGGGCUUUCCAGGAGCGAGGAAUUCCAUUCAACUAUACUUUCGAUGAAUACGUGGUUCUGAAGGAUGACCGUUCUUGGGCUCAGAUUGUCAUUGAUCUCUUGGCCUCUCAUAAUGUCGAUGUGACAUUUCCCGAAAUGAGAGAGCGCAGGCGAGCGUACUUUUGGUCAAUGCUUGACUCAGAUCAAUUGGCGCUCAAGGCAGGUGCUGGCGAGCUUAUCGAGCGGCUUCUGACUGAUGGCCGAAAAUUUGGUAUCGUGACGAGAUCUACGGUUGCCGAGAUGGACAUCGCUCGCUCUCGCCUGCCCAUUUUAAACAUGAUUCCAGCACAAAGAUGGUACACCAGAGAGGACACUGCGCCAGAAGCUGCAAAGCCAAGUCCACAGGGCUAUAACACCGCCCUGCAAGACCUGUACACGCCUGGCGAUAGGGUUAUGGGAAUCGAGAACAGUGCACGAGGUCUUGGUGCGAUCCUCAACAUGAACGUUCCAGCAGACGACAAGGUGGCUACCAUCGUGGGCCCUGUUAUCUCCGACUCUGCAAACAGACUGCGCAGCACGUACAUCAACACUUUCUGGCUGCGCGACAUUCCUCGUAUUUUCAUCGGAGUAACGACUCUUUCUCAUGCUGAAGCUCCCGCAGGGGUGUUUAACGUGGCCACUGGUCAGGGUACGCCGGGAGCGGCGGCAGGAAUGGACACAGCUUUUUUGGGGGUAGCACCGGAAAUGGGAGGAGCUCUGGGUCCAGGUCUCGCGGGAGUACCGCCUGUGGCACCCGGUGGGCCACUUGGAAUGCCGUUAGCAGCAGGAGUUGGCGCUGCGUAUCCGACUGGAUAUGCUACGGGUUUUGCAGUCGAGUCGGCAGACGUGGCCUUUGCUACUCCCAAUCAGACGUGCACGAUGGGCUUCGCGGGGACCGAUGGGAGUGUGGAUGUCGGAGCAGGACCACCGGUUGGCACCACAGGCACAGGCGCCACGAGCGUCAGCAGUUUCAUUGUGCCUGGUGUUGCUCCUGGGACGGUGGAUGUCGUUGAAGUUACAACUAGAACCAUCCGUGCGGAAGAUGUGGGACUCUCUACCGCCGAUGUGCCCGUUCUGGGUGCAGGGGCCCAAACCGCCCAACCAGGCGGUGAGGGCGCUGAGGGGGAGAUUAAAGGGACGGAAGGGGACGUGGGGGCACUUGGGGCCACAGAAGCGCAACAAGAGGCGAAGUCCGAGGCAGACACAGGUAUACAUGGCGAGAUGGCGUUCGGUGCUCCGCGGGAAAUGCAAGGCCAGGAAGGAGCACAAACAGAAGCGAGGGAAAAAGAAUACCAGCCUGAGGCUAUGGACAUCUCAGCGAAACCUGCGGGCGUGGAGGAGCAAUGGACCCAGCGAGGCGAAGGUGGUGGUAGAGAGGGUCAGGAGGAAGCAGGGCAGGAACCUGAGCAAAGGGAAGAAGAACGACGCGCAGUGUUGAGCAGCGUUCUGACCUCCAGGUCUAAGCGUCAGGAGUCGGACUCCUCUUCAUACUGCAAGAAGGAGGACUACAGAAAGCAUGACGAUCACAAGUCGUCCUCUUCCAAGCGUAGUUACGACGAUGAGGAUCGUGGUUAUGAGUACUCUGGAGCUUCUAAGAAGGCGUACUCAGAUGCAGAUUUGAAGCGCUUUGACACCACUCAUGCCUCCACUAGCAAACAUGCUCAGCAGCUAUUGCUGAAGCCAGCUGCCAGCGAUCUUAUCCAGCGGCUCGCGAGGGAGGGGCGAAAAUUCGGUGUCGUGACAAGAUCAACGGUGCAGGAAGUGGACAUCGCUCGUUCCCGCCUUCCUAUUCUGAAGCUGAUACCACCACAGAGAUGGUACACUAGAGAGGAUACGGCGCCUGGGGCUGCAAAGCCGAGUCCGCAGGGUUACAACACGGCGCUGCAAGACCUGUACGUAACUGGCAGUAGAGUUAUCGGGAUCGAGAACGGUGCUCGAGGUCUGGGUGCAAUCCUCAACAUGAACGUUGCGGCCGACAACAAAGUGGCAGUCAUUGUGGCUCCGGUCAUCUCUGACGCGGCCAACAGAAUGCGCAACACAUAUAUCAAUACCUUUUGGCUGCGAGAUCUUACACGUGUCUUCAUUGAAGUGGCGUCAACGGAUUUGAUGGACGUUCCGUCGGGUGCAGGAGUGGGAGGCGACUAUGGAGUCGCUGCGGGUCAAGGUAUAUUGGGAGCGGCAGGGAUGAGCACACCGACUGCUCUGACUGCGGGGGUUGCUAGUCCGACCGGAGUUGCAGCUGGUGUUGGGACAUUUGGUGGUCCCAUGGGAGGUGUAGGCACGGGGACUUUUGGAACACCUGUUGCAGGGAUGGGCACACCAACUGCUCCCACCGCAGGGGUCGCUGGUCCGACUGCAGUUGCAGCAGGUGUUGGGACAUUUGGUGGUCCCAUGGGAGGUGCAGGCACUGGGACUUUUGGAACGCCUGUUGCAGCAGGAGUUGGUAUUGGAUAUCCAGGUGCAGUGUAUCCACCUUAUGUGGGGGUGACCACGCCUGGAGCAUAUUAUGAUACCUCUGGGGCGACGACCAUGCCUGGAACAUAUUAUGCAACCCCUGAGACAACGAUGACCGCGACUUAUGGGGUUAUGGGGGUUGGGGUGGCCCCUGUAGUGGCACCUGUGGGGCCCACGGGUGUAGGUGCCACGACCUACGACAGUUACGUGCUUCCUGGAUCUGCUCCAGGAACCGUUGAUCUCGUUGAAGUGACAACGCGCACAGUGUCAGCUGCAGAUGUGGGAGGUGUGGGUGCAGACGUGCCUGUAGCUGGUACAGACACAAGGACGGUCGAUGUGGGAGAGACUGAACGUCCAGAAGGGGAAGUACGUGUUGUCGAGAUUGAGUCAGAAGAGACUCGUGGCAGAGAGACCGUGACAGGGAGAGAGGGAGAGGGCAAGACAGAAGCCUCAGAAGGGAAGGAAGGUGCAGUAGCUAUGGAUGUCAAGGAGGAGCAAGGCACACAGGAGAGGGAAGGGGGGCCACAAGAAGGCGAAGAAAGAGAAGCGCGGGCCCCUCAGCCAAACAUGUAAUAGCGCAGGGCAGGGAGCCUUCUGACCUCAGUGGCCGUUUUCGAAGACGAUAAGGGUGGGGUGGGGACCGUGGGGUGGGGUGGGUUGGGGGUGGGGGGAAGAACGGUGGACGAGAGGGAAGUGAGAAAAGCUAGAAGGGCGAAGGUUGGAAGCAAGCAGGGUUUCCAGAGAAGUGUUGGUUCCGACUUCCGAGGUUUGAACUUCGAACCCUCUGCCAGUGGAGAGAACUUCAAGGCCAUAGCCGCAUAGGUUGGGAACUUGGGACCAAGUAACUUUUAGUCCCAUGUCCCAUCAACUUUUAGUCCCAUGUCAGGGUUGUGAGAGAACCAGUGGUUCCGGGUUCGAACCCUGGAGAGAAGUGUAUAGAAUCGUGUCAGAGUCAUCUUUUAGACUUUUGGAGAUCGAAUGUCAUCGACGCUUUUGUUGGUCGGUUGAGGACCACCACCCUGCAGUGCCUGCACUGCAGUGGAUGUGAAAUUGACAGACUGCGGUGCAGUCCUUUCUUGUGUUGAUCGACGGUCGCUACCCCGCCGUGACCGGCGACCGGCUUAAUUGUUUGUCCUGCGGGGAAAGAAAGAAAAAAAAAGUGUCGAAAGUGGUAAAGACGAUUUCAGCGUCUGUUGGGGAAGUUGGUUUUUGACAACCUUACCGGUUUGGUUGGUUGUCCUAGGAAAAGGAGGAAGACUUGCUAGCGUCAAAAGUGUGAAAAGAAGGAACAGCAGACUGAGCAGAGUGCCUCAGGGGGAGCCGAUUUCAUGGUCCGUUGGAGGAAGUUGGGUUUUGACAGCCCUACCGGUUUGGUUGGUUGUCCUAGGAAAAGGAGGAAGACUUGCUAGCGUCAGAAGUGUGAAAAGAAGGAACAGCAGACUGAGCAGAGGGCCUCACCGCCUCAGGGGGAGGAGCCGAUUUCAGGGUCCAUUGGGGAAGUUGUUUUUUUGACAGCCCUACCGGUUUGGUUGGUUAUCCUAGGAAAAGGAGGACUUAGUGUCAAAGUGUGAAAAGAAAGAACAGCAGACUCUGCAGAGGGCCUCACCGCCUCAGGGGGAGGAGCCCAUUUCAGGGUCCAUUGGGGAAGUUGGUUUUUUGACAGCCUUACCGGUUUGGUUGGUUGUCGUUGGUGUCAAAGUGUGAAAGGAGGAACAGCAGAGUGCCUCAGGCUCAGGGGGAUCAUUUGGUUUAACUGUUGGGUCAUAAUCACGUUAGCACUUUUCUUGAUGUAUCCCAUCGCAAUUAUUACGGGUAUACCUGGAUGCAUCUGACUGUAAUUACGUCCAGAGAACAAUUGAUAAUUUCUGGUUGACAACUGUUGGGUUGUAAUCACGUUAGCACUUUUCUUUGAUGUAUCCCAGCGCAAUUAGUAUGUGUAUACCUGGAUGCAUCUGACUGUAAUUACGUCCAGAAAACAAUUGAUAAUUUCUUGGAGGAGUAGUAUGUCCUUGGAAGUUAGAGGUUCAUUUCAGUGAACAUUUUCACCUUUUGAACAGCGCUUCACACAAAAUUAUGUCAUUUCGACCUGGCUUUGUAUAGCAUAUUGCACACUUUGAC